CGGGAACCGUGCGCAUUGUUGUUCUUGUGGCGGUUGACGUGACCACCGCGCACAUCACCAACCUGUCCACAAUGUCUGAUGCGAUACUAGUGUAUUUGCAAAUGCUGUAAGGUAUUGGCUCUUGUUGUUCCGGAGACCCGCAGACGACAUGGCGCCGCUCGGUGUUCUUAUGGUUGGCGCCGGAGAGUACACCGUAGGCUUUGUGCCGACAGCGCAUGGCGCAGCGAGCGACAAGCCGGCGGGCGUAGUCGCACUAACAUGCUUCGAGCUGCGGCGGCAAGGGCUGGUGGGCCGCAUCGUGCUGUGCGACAUGUACGGCAGCCGCAUGGCGGCCGCGCGUGACACGGUGGCUGCCAAGAUCGGACGUGUGUAUGCGGGGCUGGACACGUCCAUGGAGACCUACCCCGAGGAUGACGUGGAGUCGGAGCCCACUGCCUACCUGAGGGCCAUGGCUAGCAUGUCCCCGGGUGAUGCGGUCAUUAUAUUCGUGCCGGACGACCUACACGCGCAAGUGGCCACCGCCGCGGCACGCCGGGGGCUGCACGUGCUGCUGGCCAAGCCCGCAGUCAAGACACUGCAGGAGCACUUGGACCUGCAGGCGGAGGUGGCGGCGGCGGGCGUGCUGGCGUGUGUGGAGUUCCACAAGCGCUUCGACGCCAUGUACUCGGACGCGCGCAACCGGGCCGCUGCGCUCGGGCCCUUCUCCCACUUCGCCUCCUACAUGGCCCAGCCCAAACAGCAGUUGGACACGUUCAGGGCGUGGGCGGGGUUGCGGAGCGACAUUUCCUACUACCUGAACUCGCACCACAUCGACAUCCACAACUGGAUGGCGGGCGGCCGCGCCAGGCCGGAGCGGGUGGUGGCCAUGGCGGCGACCGGCGUGGCGGAGGCGAAACUGGGUCGGCCUUGCGAGGACACCAUAACGCUGAUGGUGCAGUGGCGCAACACGCCCGCGGCCAGGAGCGCCGCGGGUGUUGGUGAUGGCGGCGGCGGCGGCCCAUGCCUGGGCACUGCGGUGUACACGGCGUCAUGGGUGGCGACCAAGGGCGACUGCCACACGCAGCAGGGCUUCCACUACGCGGCGCACGGCGGGGAGUUGCGGGUGGACCAGGCGCACCGCGGCUACACGGGGGCCAGCAACCAGGAGGCGGCAGGCGGAGGCGGAGGCGGAGGCGGAGGCGGAGGCGGCGGGUACGGCAGCUACAACCCGCUGUACAUGAGGUACACGCCGGACGCCAACGGGCGGUUUGCGGGCCAGGCCGGCUACGGCUUCGUGUCCAUAGCUCGCUUCCUGGCGGCGGCGGCAGACAUCAACGCGGGGCGGCUGAGCGUGGAAGACGUGCGGCGGGAGGGCGAGCUGGCGGUGCUGUGUGACACGGUGGCGGUCACGGCCAUACUGCAUGCGGGCCGCCUGUCACUGGACGCCGGCGGCGCGGCGGUGCGAAUCGAGUGGGAGGAGGAGGAGGAGGACGCAGGAGCGGAAGGCGUGGAGGGAGGCGAGGGCGGGGCGGCAGCAGCGGGCAGGGCACGCGGGGUCACGCCCAGGCUGGUGGUGGUGCAGUGAGCUGAUGAAUGUGGUGGCCAGGCACAAAAUGCCGCGUACAGAAAGCGGCGGGAACCCAAUGUGAGCAACUGGUAAUUUAGUCUGUGUUGAUGCAGUUGUGCUGUUUUGGCGUUCGGCGUGUGGUGUCAUUACGCGGCGGAGGAAAGGCAACUGCUGACGGAUGGCUGGUGGCGGCGGCAGCCGGCAGGGCACGCAGUGACAGGUAUUGUGUAUGCGGCCUGACCGCUUUGGGCGUGAACUUGA